UGUUCCCAGCAGAAUGUAACUGACUGUCUAUUCUGUUACAGAUCAAGCAUAUGAUGGCUUUCAUCGAGCAGGAAGCCAAUGAAAAGGCUGAAGAAAUAGAUGCCAAGGCAGAAGAAGAGUUCAACAUUGAGAAGGGUCGCUUGGUGCAGACGCAAAGACUGAAAAUCAUGGAAUAUUAUGAAAAGAAGGAAAAGCAAAUUGAACAGCAGAAGAAGAUUCAGAUGUCCAACCUGAUGAAUCAGGCAAGAUUGAAGGUCCUCAAGGCAAGAGAUGACCUUAUUGCAGAUUUGCUGCAUGAGGCCAAGCAGAGACUUGCCAAGGUGGUGAAGGACACUGCGAGGUACCAGGCACUGCUGGAUGGACUGAUUCUGCAGGGUUUCUACCAGCUCCUUGAGCCCCGACUGAUUGUUCGUUGCCGGAAACAGGAUCUCUCUCUCGUAAAGGCUGCUGUACAGAAGAGUAUCCCUGUCUACAAAGCUGCCACCAAAAAAGACGUUGAUGUUCAUGUUGAUCAGCAGACAUUCCUGCCAGAAGACAUUGCUGGAGGUGUUGAGAUCUACAACAGUGAUGGUAAAAUCAAGGUUUCCAAUACCCUGGAAAGCCGGCUGGAACUCCUAGCCCAGCAGAUGAUGCCAGAAAUCCGAGGGGCGCUCUUUGGUGCCAAUGCCAACAGGAAGUUUUUGGACUAAGCCUGAAGGAAAGUGGAGUCUCUUCCACUGCCAUAUUGAGGAGAGAUGCAGAAAAAGCAUCUGAUAAUUUAAAGCCUAGAAAUUUACCUUUUCAAUGCUAUAAUGUAUUGUCCAAUGUGUGUUCUUCAGUGGAAUGAUUUUGCAUACCUGCUGCGCUUUGCCUGACUUACCAAGUGGUUACAAUGCAUUGAUCAAAAUUAGGUGAAGACCAGCCCAUUGACAAGUGGAGAAUGGAUGCAGUUGGGUUCUUGACUUGUCCUGCAAUCCUAUGUUAUAGUCAUAUUUGUGAUUGUGAAGUACCAUUCUGUCCAUAGGAGCAACCUUCCACGUUAAGGGCUUCUCAGUGUUCUGUUAAACGAGAAGGCAUGCAACCCUUUCCCAGGCAGCAAGUGUAGCUUGUUACUUGGUCAGGCCCAGCAGAGUUUUCUGUUCUGUAUAUGUGAGUAAAGACUGAGCCUGUACUACUUAAUUUAUUAAAAAUAAAAAGUUAUGUGUA